AUGACAGCCGAAGACCUUCAGGAUAUUUGCUCCUUCCUCGUUGACACAGCCAAGGAAGGUGGCAGGAUCAUCUUAGCGGCCAAGCCGAGUGCCUUCGAGGCGACGGCCAAGAAGAAUUCAGCGGAUAUUGUCACCGAGACCGACCAGGCCGUGGAAGCCUUUGUGCGAGGGCGGCUAACAGAACGCUACCCAGACUUCGCAUUCAUCGGAGAGGAGUCAUACCAGUGCGGAGCUACUAUUCCUCAACGCCCGACCUUCAUAGUUGAUCCUAUCGACGGAACAUCCAACUUUGUCCACGGGUUUCCGGCGGUUUGUAUCUCCAUCGGCCUCGUGAUGGGAGGUCAGCCAACCGUCGGGGUAGUCUAUAACCCCUUUCGAGGAGAAUUGUGGACCGCGGUCAAAGGCUGUGGUGCUUACACGUCAUUCGGGGAUGGAGAGCCGCAGAGGCUACCGCUCUCAAAGAGUCCUCUACAGGGGCUGAAACCAGCCUGCAUCGGCAUCGAAUGGGGUAGUGACAGGGAAGGCCCCAACUUCGAGCUCAACCUCAAAGUGUUUACUGCUCUUGCCCGGACAACGGCCACCGGUGGGCGCUUUGUCAACUCGCUCCGAUGCACUGGCUCAGCCGCCAUCACCAUCUGCAGAGUCGCUAGUGGUCAGCAGGAUGCCUUCUGGGAAUGUGGUUCUUGGGCGUGGGACGUAGCGGGGGCGUGGUGCAUACUGACCGAGGCCGGAGGCAUCAUGGUCGACGGGCAUCCUGGUGGCUGGAACCCGCCAGUGGACAAUCGGAGGUAUCUGGCUGUGAGGCCCGCCACCGGUGGUCAGCGUGAAUUCGUGGAAGAAUUUUGGUCAGUCAUUGGGUCGGCCAGGACGACGUACGGACCGCCGUGA